CACCGAAUUGUAACUUUUAACACGGAACCGGUUCCGGGUUUGCCAUUGGUUCUAAUCGGCAGAGGCGCGCCUAUUUUUCAAAAUCCCGGAAAGCGUCGAUGCCGACGUACACACACCGGUCACGACCAGGCGAGAGGCCCGAGGCAUACCACAGCAGACGCGAUAAACCCACACCAUGAACAACAACGCCGUAGCAGCGGCAGGCCGGCCAUCUAGCGCGAAAUCGUUGCCUCUGAGACUGCAGGAUGCAGGUGAAAGUGGUGCUGCUGCUGGGCAUGGGGUCGCCCAGACCGCGCCUGCUGGCGCGGCACAGCGGGCACCGAGCGGCAUGGCCCGCCAGGCCGUUCACAGCAGGGUUACCCCCCAUACCGGUACACAACAGGGGGUGCCACCUGGCGCGGUGAUGAUGCCGGGCUUCUCGGACGACGCUGAUCGGCAAGCUCGUCAGGCGGCCUUAGUAAAGGUUCUCAACGACAAGCGAUUUGGCGACGCCCCGCAAAAAAAUUGGACCGAGUCGGAGAGCGGCGACGACGACGACGAGGGGGGGGGCAGCCCGACGUCAAGUGGCAGCAGUAAUGUGUCGGUAGAGGACAGUUCAGCUCUGUCGGACAUUGGCUCACAGUCGGGAGAUGUCGUGUUCGAAAAGGAAAUUCGGGAAGCAAUGACCGGGGGAGGGGGAGCGGGCACGAGGACCACAAACCAAGGCAAGCGGAAGGCGAGCGCCGGCGGCAGCGUCGUAGGGAAGAAUAAAGCAGCAGCAUCCCAUCACGCGAGUGCCAAAAAAGCCCGGGGCAAGGACUACCCACACUGGGCCACACACUUUCUAAAGCGGAUAUGCGCGCACCGCAAGAUCCCGAGGAUGUCGCAGAAGACCAAGGAUGUCCUGGUGGCGACCCUGCGACCUCUCGACGCCAACAUGAAACGGCCAUCGACGCACUUCGACGACCUCGAUGCUAUCGCAGCCAGCAAACCUGGACACGGCAGCGAGCAGGAGGAGGGGGAGGAGGAGGGAGCCAUCCCUGCGAGAACGCUGCUUAUGUUUCGAGGUGUUGUCAACAUGGUCGCCCUAGCACGUGACAGAACUGGGCCGUUUACAGUCGAGGGUGUGGACUACAGUGUGGCGGACCUUUACGACGCCAUGGAGAAGGAAGACAAGCCGGAACUGGAGGAUUCUGCCGGCGGGAGUUCGUCGACGAGUGGUGCAGCUGUACCGGACGGGGGUGGAUCCGCCGAAGGGAGUGGCAGCAUCACGGAGCGCAAGGGCCCACACUGCAUGAUGCGGCUCGUUGGGAUCCUGUGCGAAGACUCCAUCCGCCCACUUGUCAUCAACAGCCGCUUGCAGGCGACCCGGCAGGAGCUGGACACCUCAGCAGUUGGGCCGCGGAGACAUUUGUGGACAGAGGUCACCGACCGCUUCCGAGACCCUCGACACAAUGUGCGUGCUGGGGGUAGGGGGUUGAUUAGUACGGAUCGGUCGAGAACGUUGUACAAAAACAGCAGUCGGAGUGCAUUUUAA